AUGAACUUGAACAAGAUUGCCACUGGCUUCCAACAAGAAAUUUGUGCAGUGGUGGCCUUUUAUGUGUGCUUCUACCAUCUGAAUAUGCUACUGGAGAUUCACAAUGUCUUUCAUGUGCAGCUUCUCUGUCCAGCUGCCACAGACCUUUUCCCUAGCCAGCAACAGUCAGAUUGGCAGCCACUAGAGAUCACUACUGAGAAAGAGAAGAAGUAUGAAAUAGAAGAUAUUCUCAAGAAGUAG